AUGAGGAGAAACUUGAAAAAGCAGUACCAGCCCCAGAAUGUUCCACAAAUACCUCGCAUCCAAGUACCUGCCUCUGCUGUUGACAAUUCAUUACUGAAGGACCUAAAUCAAGGGCAGCAACGCUACUUCUACAGCAUCAUGAGGAUUUAUGACUCCAGGCCCCAGUGGAAGGCCCUGCAGACCCGCUACAUUCACAGCCUUGGGUACCAGCAGCAGCUGGGCUAUAUCACUCAGCAGGAGGCCUUGUCUUGUGCUGCUCUGCUUAGACAUUCAACCAUGCAAGCCUCAACCAAGGUAGAUCCUCAAAGGACCACCCCGAAACUCUUCAGCCACGCAAAGAAAACGCCGACCAGCAAAACCAGAGUCUAG